GUCAGCCCCUUGGAUGUCAUCAAGAUCCGCUUUCAGCUUCAGAUCGAGCAGCUCUCCUCCAGAAACCCAGGGGCUAAGUAUCACAGCAUCUUGCAAGCAGUACAGCGCAUCUUCCAGGAAGAAGGGUUGGUAGCCUUCUGGAAGGGCCAUGUUCCCGCGCAGUUCCUUUCAGUUGGCUAUGGAGCUGUUCAGUUCAUGGCGUUUGAAAGCUUGACAAAACUCGUGCACAACGUCACCUCAUACAAUGCCCGCGAUUCCUUUGUGCACUUCGUCUGCGGUGGACUGGCUGGCUGCACAAGCCCAGUUGUCGUUUCAGACACACUACGCACCCGCUUUGCUGCUCAGGGGGAGCCUAAGAUCUAUCGCAACCUUCGCCAUGCAGUGCUGACCAUGUACCAGACAGAAGGGCCUCGGACUUUCUAUAGAGGGUUGACCCCCACGAUCGUUGCUAUCUUUCCAUAUGCUGGUCUCCAGUUCUCCUUCUACAACAUCCUGCAACAGUUUUCUGAAUGGCUGAUUCCAGCUGAAGGAAAGAAAGGAGGCAAUGUUAAAAACCUCGUUUGUGGCAGCUGCGCCGGAAUCAUCAGCAAAACCCUCACAUACCCUUUUGACGUGUUCAAAAAACGACUGCAAGUGGGUGGCUUUGAGCGUGCCCGGGCAGCCUUUGGGCAGGUACGGGUGUAUAGGGGUCUCCUGGACUGCAUGAGGCAGAUCAUGCGAGAGGAGGGCCCGGGCGGAUUCUUUAAGGGCCUUUCGCCCAGCUUGCUGAAGGCUGCCGUCUCUACUGGCCUUGUCUUCUUUUGGUAUGAGCUGUUCUGCAGCCUCCUGUGUGCCCUGAAGAACACCGACAGUACCAGGAGGCAGGAAGGCUGA